CACAAAUAACGCUAUUUCCCCGCUCUGAGCAGGCAAGAUGAGAAGAUUUUUUAAUGAGUGGCUAGCAAAGAAUUCAGGAGCUUAUGAACUAUUGAGGUCAGAGUGAUGGCAAGAAGGCCUGAAAGGAAGGAAGAGAUACAGAGAAAAUCCGGGGAGGCUGUGCUCCUGGGUUCUGGGGGAGCAGCGGUCCCAGUUGCCGAGUCCUUAGGUCCUACGGGGUCUUUGCCAGUUCUUUGAUAUUUAUCAGGCAUCGCUGCUGCCCCUGGGCCUGGGCCAUCAAGGGCAGCAGUUUGAUGGUGACACAGCCUGCCGGGCACUGGAAAGAGAAGGAGCCUCUGAGGACAGCCAGGGAAUGUAGAAUGUAGAAUGUUCGGAUGUAGAAUCCCGGCCACUCGGGGCUAGUUUCUAAGGGUGACAGCGACACAGUGACGAACACAAGCCCUGCCUCGCCUGAGAGAGUGUCCAGUUCAGUUUCCAGCCAGCGUGUGUUUAUUGAGUGCCUGACUCAGUUUAGGCGGUGGCCCAGGGACAAGGGCGGUCACCCCAGCCCAGAAGCCUGAUCGCAUUAGCUUCACUCAGGAAGAAACUGGCGUCUUAGUCUGUUUGGUGAACAAGCACCUACUGAGUGCCUACCCCUGCCAGUCGCUGUCCCAGGGCAGGGGCAGGAGCAGCAAGCCCAGCCCCUCAGGUCCCUGCCCUCCUGGGGUUUGUUUACUGAUGGGCGCCAUGGGGCUGGGGGAAAUGAGGCAGGCAGGGCAGAGGGAUUGGGAGAAGCACUCAGGGAGCCGUUGGGUCUGAAGUGUGGCUUGGGGUUGUUAAAGGGCUGGAGGCCUGCACCACACAGCCCAACUGAGCCUGUCCAGAUGGCUCCCUGGGGUACCAGGUGCAUGUUGGGAAACUGGACCAGAGAACAUCCAUGUCUUCAGGCUGCAGCACACAGCCUGUGUGGUCCCACACCUGGGUCGAUCACCACCUCUCCUUGCCCUGUCUCCUGCCUAUGCUCCUUGCCCUCUACGUGUGGGUCCCCCUUUCUGUGAAAUGAGUACACACACCUAGCUCCAAGGUGGGCCCGUGGCACAUGGUUCGGAUGUAGAAUCACCUUGACAGAGAUGCAUAUAAAGGCUGCACCACUGCUUACAGGUAGAAGAGAGCGGCCAAGAGUGCAUUUGGACUUCUGAUCCCCCACACACCCUGAGGCUUAGCUCUGUGCGUUUCUCGAAGUGUGGUCCUUGGUCCCCCUAAGUCAGAGUCACAGGUAGGAUCUGUUGAUUAAAGUUGUGGUCUUGGACUCCAUGCAGUCUGCAUUCCUGAAGUGGCCCGGAACUGCAUUUUAAGGUCCCCAGCCUGUCCCCUGCCCUUGACUUCGGAAGAGAAGUCCUGGGCACACAGCCCUGCCAGGAACUGGGCGAGGGGCAGGCUCUGCACGCUAACAAGACCCCAGCUGAUUCUGAGGCGCCUUAAACUCACCUGGGUGGUCUGUAAAACUACCAUUGCUCUCCUGCCUGGGAUCGGGAUCCCGGGAUGGGAUGAGGGUCCACAGGGCCCCUCCCCUGCCCCUGACCCUUAAUCCUGACCAGGGCAGCUUUCUGCUGGCUGGAAGGAAUGGGAGGUGCUGCACCUUAAGGCUGGGCUCAGGCGGCCGCUCUCACUGCCUGCAGCAAGCUCCAGAGCCAGGACCCCACGGGGAACCCAGGCUCCACACCUGGGGGUGACCAGGGUCCCCCAGCCAGGCUUGCUGCUGUCACUGGGCUUGGACAGGCAGCUGUGGGCUUGGCCUGGGUGCCCCGGGCCGGGUGGGCGGGACGCCCAGGACACUGGGGAUUGGGUGCAGAGCGGGAGCCGGCAUCUCUCUGCGCCCCUGUGCUCCAAGUGACGCAUUGUCUCCCGUCUGCACGGCCGCCAGGAGGGACAGUCACUCUGGUGUCCCCGGUGCACGGAUGAGAAAACCGAGUCCCCCCGAUGGCGUGGAGUCUGCUCCCGGGUCCCCCACGGGAUCGGGCUGCCUGGGGAGGCUGUCGCCGGCCUGCGGGGUCCCCAGGCCCUUCCUCGUGCUGCCGCCGCUGAUGGAGUGGAUCCGGGUCGCCGUGGCGCACGCCGGCCACCGCCGCAGCUUCUCUCUGGACAGCGACGACGUCCGCCAGGCGGCCCGGCUGCUGCUGCCCGGCGUGGACUGCGAGCCGCGCCAGCUCAGGGCCGAUGACUGCUUCUGCGCCUCCCGGAAGCUGGACGCGGUGGCCAUCGAAGCCAAGUUCAAGCAGGACCUGGGCUUCAGGAUGCUGAACUGCGGGCGGACAGACCUGGUGAAGCAGGCAGUGUCCCUGCUGGGGCCGGACGGCAUCAACACCAUGAGCGAACAGGGCAUGACCCCCCUGAUGCACGCCUGCGUCCGUGGGGACGAGGCGAUGGUUCAGAUGCUGCUGGACGCCGGAGCUGACCUGAAUGUGGAGGUUGUCAGUACUCCUCAUAAAUAUCCAUCCGUCCACCCCGAGACCCGCCACUGGACGGCUCUGACUUUUGCCGUGUUGCAUGGACAUAUUCCUGUAGUUCAGCUGCUCCUGGACGCCGGGGCCAAGGUGGAGGGCUCUGUGGAGCAUGGCGAGGAGAACUACUCCGAGACGCCCCUGCAGCUGGCAGCCGCCGUGGGAAACUUUGAGCUGGUUAGCUUGCUGCUGGAGCGAGGUGCAGACCCCCUGAUAGGAACCAUGUACAGGAACGGGAUUUCUACCACCCCCCAGGGGGACAUGAACUCGUUCAGCCAGGCCGCAGCCCAUGGACACAGGAAUGUGUUCCGAAAACUGCUGGCUCAGCCAGAGAAGGAGAAGAGCGACAUCCUGUCCCUGGAGGAGAUUCUGGCCGAGGGCACUGACCUGGCGGACACUGCCCCGCCUGCCCUGUGUGCCAGCCGCAACAGCAAGGCCAAGCUGAGGGCCCUGAGGGAGGCCAUGUACCACAGCGCCGAGCACGGCUACGUGGAUGUCACCAUUGACAUCAGGAGCAUAGGCGUGCCCUGGACGCUGCACACGUGGCUGGAGUCCCUGCGGAUCGCCUUCCAGCAGCACCGCCGGCCGCUCAUCCAGUGCCUGCUCAAGGAGUUCAAGACCAUCCAGGAGGAGGAGUACACGGAGGAGCUCAUCACCCAGGGCCUGCCGCUCAUGUUCGAGAUCCUGAAAGCCAGCAAGAACGAGGUGAUCGGCCAGCAGCUGUGUGUCAUCUUCACGCACUGCUACGGGCCCUACCCCAUCCCCAAGCUGGCGGAGAUCAAGAGGAAGCAGACCUCGCGCUUGGACCCUCACUUCCUCAAUAACAAGGAGAUGUCUGACGUCACCUUCCUCGUGGAAGGGAGGCCGUUCUACGCUCACAAAGUGCUGCUGUUCACGGCCUCCCCGAGGUUCAAGGCCCUCCUGUCCAGCAAGCCGGCCAAUGAUGGCACCUGCAUAGAGAUCGGCUAUGUGAAGUACCCCAUCUUCCAGCUGGUCAUGCAGUAUCUCUACUACGGAGGCCCCGAGUCCCUGCUCAUCAAGAACAACGAGGUCAUGGAGCUUCUGUCUGCCGCCAAGUUCUUCCAGCUGGACGCCUUGCAGCGGCACUGCGAGAUCAUCUGUGCCAAGAGCAUCAACACGGACAACUGCGUGGACAUCUACAGCCACGCCAAGUUCCUCGGGGUCACGGAGCUCUCCGCCUACUGUGAAGGCUACUUCCUCAAAAACAUGAUGGUCCUCAUCGAAAACGAAGCCUUCAAGCAGCUCCUCUACGACAAAAACGGUGAGGGAGCGGGCCAGGAUGUGCUCCAGGACUUACAGAGGACGUUGGCCAUCAGGAUUCAGUCCAUCCACCUGUCGUCCUCCAAGGGCUCCGUGGUGUGAGUGUCCAGUGUGUGAAGGUGGCCCGAGAAUGCCAGCGUCCCUCCGCGCUGGCUGCACUGAUGCACGCGACCCCACCUGGCAUCUGUGGCUCGGCCACGGAGCGACCUCCACGGCCUCGGCUGUUCUUGUACCAGUGAGCUCAGCUCCUGUGCGCUCCUGCUGGAACUCAGGGCACAGAGUGGGGUGCAGCGGUGCGGUGCCUCCAGUCCACAUGGGGCCACCUAGCCAACCCAGCCCUGGGGCCACUGUCCCCUGGAUGGAUUGAGACCAAAAGGCUGCUCAGGCUCCUGGCUGAUCUAGACUGUGCCGACCCGAAAGCGCUUGUGUCGUAUGUCUGACACCGAUGCCGACCCCAAAGUGUUUGUGUCGCAUGUCUGAGACCUCGGAGGCUGCGCUGAGCAGAGGUCAAACCUGGGAGCUCAUGGAUGAGGCCGUUAUGCAUAAUGAGGAAAUCAUUUGGCCCAUUUUUAGGGGUGGGAACUUUUUAAAACUGUUCAUACUAUAACAACAACAGGGCAGUCUUGUAGUUUAAAAUAUAUUUCUAAGAGCUUAACAGUUCAUUUUCAACUGAAUUGUGUUUAGGGAUCUGUGUUUUGAGGUUCUUCUCUUCUUUUAUAAACAGUCAGCCGCAGGUCCACCCUAUGUAAACACACGGUCAGCAAGUUCUCACUGACACCCUGGACAAGGUGAAAUAAUCAUGCCUUAGUGAUCACGGUCACACAGAAGGGGUGCACUGCCAAACUCUCUCUAGUCCAGUAGUUGGAAACCACAUGCAUGCUAAUCGUGGUUCCGGGGUGAGGAUAGGACACCCCACAUAACAGAACACGCAUCUGCAUGAGCCAGAACCUGUAUGAUGUUAUGUUUGUGCUUCAUUUUUUGCCAAGGUAAAAAUGUCCCAUCAGUUCUUGCUUAGAAAUCCACCUGGUGACACACGCAUAUCCAUUUCUUCUCUAAUCAUGAAUGAACCCAGGAUGCUUUUACAGAAAUGCGUUCACAGAUGAUGUUGGGGGGCGGGGGGCGCACGUCAGAGAAUUUAGUCUUAACUCAGAGUUUUUGCUGUAUUCUCAGAAGAUGUUAAUAGUUUGUUACUAGCCAGAGAGUAUGACUAUGUUAGACUAUUUUUCAAGAUGAACCAUGUAUGAUAGGAGGUACUUUCUGUAUUCUGACAGUGUACAGUCUGGAUUCUCUAUAACGAAAGUCUAUAUCAACAGGGUUCUGUUCGCCUGCCAUAUAUUAUAUACAUAUAUAUAUUAUAUAUAAGCAAAAGAGAUUGGUGAAGUGCCACAAUAUUCCAAUAACUUCUGAGUUGCGGCCUUUUUCUUGUUCUUUAAUUUGAAACCUAGAUACGUACAGUUUAAAACUAGGAGAAUGACUCUUACCCUUUGGGGUGGCACGGUCUGGUUGACAAACCCGUUUCCUAGCAUGCCUGUGGGAAGUUGCACCAGACUCCGGGUUCUGAGGCGCUGCAGUCCACCUUCCCACUCGCCCCCUGCGCCCUCAGCCAAGUCCUGUUCCACGCGUGGCCUGUGUCUGUCGUCCGUCCCCAGCACUGGCCUCUGUGAUGCAGCCGCGGCUUCUCCUCCCCACCAUCAUCUGUGAACCUCUCUGGCCCCACGGUCCCCCGAGGAAGGAGGAGUCUGUCCUGCCCCAGGAGGGGGUGCCACAGCGAAGCCCUCAGAUCAGCCCCGCGCAGGAGUCCCCACCGCUGGCGACUUCUCUGUGAAUGUCUGGUGUGCGUUCGGGGCCUCUGGGUUUGGGUUUGUACCUGGGCAGUUCCCACCCGGGCUUCUGUCACAGUUUGGUGUGCUUUCUCGGUCAUUAAAGAAGUGAUUUUCCCAC